AUGUCCGCUACUAUAAAUUUUGAUAAUGCUAUACCUGGGAAAGUUACGAUUUAUGAUUUUCCUCCUGGUCCAUAUCCAUGCAGAGUACAAAUUGCUUUACAUGAAAAGAAAUUACAUGAUUUAGUUGACUUUGAAUUCGUUAACCUUUAUAAGGGCGAACACAAAACUGACGAAUUCUUGAGGACGAAGAAUUACUCUGGUACUUUACCAGUUAUGGAAUUUGCAGAUGGGUCGCUACUUUCCGAAUGUACAGCUAUUACUGAAUACAUCGAUAAUCUUGAUGGGAACCCUAUUUUAACAGGUACUACGCCAUUUGAAAAGGGACAAAUCCAUAUGAUGACAAGAAGAGUCGAAUUUGAAUUUCUUGAAGCUAUCAGUCUUUACUUUCAUAAUGCUACCCCGGGAUUAGGACCUACUGUUGAAAAGUAUCAGAAUCUUGAAUGGGGGUUACGCCAGAGAGACAGAGGUAUUAGAGGUAUGCAUUUCUUGAAUUCACUUUUACAGAAGCAACCGUAUAUUGCAGGUGAUAAGUUUUCAAUGGCUGAUAUUGCAUGUAUUGGAGGAUUUGUCUUUCUAAGUGUGGUAAAAUUGGAACCUCCAAAGGAAUGCAAGGCACUUUUAGAAUGGUUUGAUAGAGUCAAUGAACGUCCUAGUGUUCAAGAAUUUUUUAAGAUGGCAAAUUCUUUUGAAUUACCUGCUUAA